GACCCAGACCCGGCCCUCCCUCUUCUGCAUUUGGUCGCUGCCUGCUUCGGCACCUCGCCUCGACCCGACCCGAAACCGCCAUGGACCUGACGAGGACGUGGCUGAACCAAAUUCUGAACCCGUACUACAACAAAGAUCGCACAUUCUUCGAUGUCGAUCGUGUUCUCUCCAGCUUUACGGGACUCAAGCCCAAGACAGAUUCGUACAGACAGGACGAUGGGAAGACUCUGGUCCUGCUCUGUUUGCACGGCACCAUCCCAGUAACCUACCGCGAGUCCUCCUACAACAUCCCAAUCGCCAUAUGGAUUCCGCUGUCGUAUCCGAUGCAGGCGCCGAUCCCGUUCGUUGUCCCGACGGCACAAAUGCUGCUGCGGCCUGGGCGGCACAUCGACAGCCAGGGCAAGUUCUACCAUCCGGUCCUAGCCAACUGGCAUCUCAGCGCCGAGUCCAACUUGCUUCAGCUAAUCGCAGCCAUGCAGGAUGUCUUCAAAGCCGAGCCGCCCGUGUAUUCCAAGCCCACCAACCCAGGCUUCAGCCCACCUGCCGCCACCAGAGCAUUCAGUCCGCAGCCGUCUCAGUCGGUACCGAUCCCGAGCUCGUCGCCCAGCAAGGGCACUCCAGCAGGACAGCCGGCCUCCAAGCUCGGCUCUUCUCCCUCAUUUGCGUCGCCGCCGAGCUAUCCCGCAGGCACCGUUGGCUCGCCGCCUCAAGCCACUGCGAGCCAAGUUCCGUUCCCAGCGCCCAAUUUCGCCAAGCGCAAUACCUCACCCCUGAUACCAAGCACAGCACUACCCAGGUCUCAGAGUGCAUCUCCGCCAGGUCCUCUCAUCCAGAUGCCCCGACCUCCGUCGCUGAUCGACUCGCAGAACUACUCCGCCCCCAGCGUGCCGUCAGAUGACCAGUCUGCCAAACUGUCGCAGCUUCGAUAUGCACUCAGAGACAAGCUCAGAGACAGACAAGCGCAAGCACAGCAGCGGAUGCGCCAGGAGAUGGAGUCGCUGUUGCUUGCCAACAAGCAACUCAAUGAGGGCCGGUUCAGAAUCGACGAUGUAUUCAAUCGGCUGGUGGGCGAAGAGCACCAAAUCCAAAAGAACAUCCAAAUCCUCAAGGAAAAAUCUGCCGAAAUCGAGCAGUUCAACCAGGAGCUGUCCAACAAGCCUGAUCCAGGAGUCGACGACAUUCUGGCACCCGUGUCCGCCGUCCAUGCCCAGCUGCUAGAGGCCCUGGCAGAUGAUCAGGCAAUCGACGAUACCAUCUAUCAACUGCGAGAGGCCCUGAGCGUCAAGAAAAUCGAUCUUGCAAACUUCAUGCGGAUCGUUCGGAACCUCUCCCGCGAGCAAUUCAUGAAGCGCGCGCUGAUACUCAAGAUCCAAGGCCAGCUGGCCACUCCUAGUAUGGGCUAUCGCUAGGCCGCUGUCUUUCAGAAUCGAAAGUGGAAGCUGAACGCCGCUUGCGAAAGUGGUCGAAUCAGCACAGCCGUUCGGUUGGCUGACGGACGAUCAGCGGCAUCUUGGCGAAUGGAUGCCAUUGCAUAUCCGAGUUUGCCUUGUCCUGAGUCCAUGGACCAGCCUUCAUUGAAGACCAAGGCGAGCGGGGCAGAAGGGGCUUUUUUUCCUUUUAUUGGAUAUUGGCCGGAGAUGAGUCGGCAGCGACGGCUGGGUGCGGUUCAAGAGGAAGGGUCUCGCUUGGAAAAGGUUGGCUCCGAAUGCUGGGUGAAGGGCAGGCGCUCGGGGGGAGCCCUCGCCGGCUCCUCUCUAGCCAUGGGGAAGCAGGCAAGCGAGCCCAGAUCAGUAUAUCUCUGAGCGGCGCUUUAGGAUGAGUCGCCAUCGUCGCCUGGAGAUCGAGGACUGCUGCAAUUCAAACUGGGUGGGUACGUACCCUGGCUUGCUCCUCAGACAUUC